CUUUCAAAGUUUGACUGGGGAAUUGAGGUGAGGAUGAAAACAGUGCYGCUUGGAAAAAGGAAGAGAAAAAAAUACGUUAUAAAAAUAUAUCAACCUGGGAUUUGUUCCGAGACAAAUUGUCUUCGUUCAAGAUUAACAUUGAAGAAUAUUGGUGGAGAUAAUUGAGUAAAAUCUAUCAAUUUCGGCGAUUAAAAGGAUAAUGUUUUCAAUCGAUUUAGAUUUUUGUCGCUUGGAUUAGUUCUGCAGCCUUCUCCUGAGUCAUGCAGUUAGAAUUCCGAACAUUGAUAUUUGGAAUUGUAACACUGCUGGUCAUAUUUCUGAUCAUUGCUGAUAUUGCUGAAGUCCAGGAAGAAAUUGGAAAUGUAGCAGUGAAAGCCAAUCCUACACCUUUAGUCAAUGAAGGGGAGGACAAGAGUCCUGCUUCUCCUUCAGGCUCGAAAAAUGCCACCAGGCUCUCUUCAGAUAACUGGACCUUCAACAGAACCCUCUCCAGCCUCAUCAGGAAGAACAUCCUGMGGUUCUUUGACCCAGAGAGGGACAUCUCUAUUCUGAAGGGCACAUUGAAACCUGGAGAUGUCAUCCACUACGUCUUUGACCGUCAGAGCACUACCAACAUCUCAGAGAACCUGUACCGGUUGCUACCCACUGCAUCCCCCAUGAAGAACCAGCACCACAGACGCUGUGCCAUCGUAGGGAACUCUGGGAUCCUACUCAAUAGCAGCUGUGGGCCAGAGAUAGACUCCCAUGACUUUGUUAUCAGAUGUAACCUGGCGCCAGUGGAGGAGUAUGCUGGGGAUGUGGGGCGGCGCACCAACCUGGUGACCAUGAACCCGUCGGUGGUGCAGCGGGCCUUCCAUGACCUGGCCAGUGAGCAGUGGAGGGAGCGCUUCCUGCAGCGGCUCCGGGGCCUCAGCGGCAGCGUGCUGUGGAUCCCAGCCUUCAUGGCCAAGGGAGGAGAGGAGAGGGUGGAGUGGGCCAUCCGUCUCAUCCUGCUGCACACGGUGGAUGUGCACACCGCCUUCCCCUCACUGCGCCUUCUCCAUGCUGUCAGAGGGUAUUGGCUGACUAACAAUGUCCAGAUCAAGAGACCCACUACUGGUCUGUUGAUGUACACCAUGGCCACUCGCUUCUGUGAGGAGAUCCAUCUGUACGGCUUCUGGCCUUUCCCUCGGGAUUCACAGGGGAAACCAGUCAAGUACCAUUACUAUGACACUCUGACCUACGAGUACACAUCCCAUGCCAGUCCACACACUAUGCCAUUGGAGUUCAGGACACUGAGUUCACUCCACAGACAGGGGGCGCUGCGACUCAACACUGGCUCUUGUGAUGCAGGAAUGUAAUCUAAAAAAGCAGCAUGGAAUGUACACUGAGUAUACCAAACAUUUGGAACACCUUCCUAAUAUUGAGUCGUCCCCCCACACACACACUUCUGCCCUCAGAACUGCCUAAAUUCRUCCGGGCAUGGACUCGGACUCUACAAGGUGUCAAAAGCAUUCCACAGGGAUGCUGG